AUGAGCCCUACCACAGGGUCCGCUGCGUCAGCACAAUUUGAGCAGAGCGCAACAGAUAUGGGAUCUAGCCUACUUCCAACAACUAGGCGCAUGAGCCCUGCCACGGAGUCGGCAGCGUCAACACAAUCAGAACAUAGUACUACAGAUAUGCGAUCUGGCCUACUUCCAACAACUAGGAGCAUGAGCUCUGCCACAGAGUCCGCAGUGUCAACACAAUCAGAACAUAGUACUACAGGUUAG